UCCAGCAUGGACCUGCCGAUUUCGGCGUUUCCCCACCAUCGACGGCAGUCGACCUCGGAGCUACACAACCUGCUACUAACACUGGACGGCACGCUUCGAUAAGACCCGUUACAUAAUGCCGCUUGUUGGACCGUAGUUUGGCAGUUUAAAAGCUUCAGUAUCUCGCCAUCAGUACGCUUCCAUCUCAAGCUCGCAUUGUCGUCGACAUUUAUUGAACAUGUUAUACACCUUGGCCUUGCUCAACCUAGCCAUUGCGAUUGCCAACGCGCACUCGCAUCAUCAUCCGGAGAGGAAUGACUUCUCACAGGAUCGUCUCGAUGAACUAGAAAGGAAAUGGGGUACAGAUUGGGGCUUCUCCGGCGUCUCGACUUUUGCCCAUCUUCCCCACAGUCGCUGUCUCACCCAUCCAGAGACCGCAUACGACAUUGGAAUCAUCGGAGCGCCAUUUGAUACUGCAGUCUCAUACCGCCCGGGGGCCCGUUUUGGUCCACGUGCCAUUCGCGCUGGGUCAUCCCGCCAAACGUCCUUCCGUGGUUUCAAUCCACGUGCCAAUCUCAACCCGUACACCUCGUGGGCGACCAUAGUAGAUUGCGGCGAUAUCCCCAUCACCCCUUUCGACAAUGCACUUGCUCUGCGCCAGAUGAGCGAGGCAUUUCAAGAGCUGGCUAACAGAGCUUCUACUGCGAAUGGCCUGGCAAGCUCAACUGAAUAUUUGCACAAGCCCAAAUUGGUCACACUGGGUGGGGAUCACAGUAUCGCACUCCCUGCUUUGCGAGCACUUAACAAAGCAUAUGGGAAGCCUGUAGCCGUGGUGCAUUUUGAUGCCCAUCUUGACACAUGGCACCCUGCAAAGUAUCCAUCGGCCUGGAUCGACCCAGAAGAUCCAUCCACGCAAUCAUUCUUCAACCACGGAAGCAUGUUUUGGUUUGCAUCCACUGAAGGGCUGAUCGCUAAUGGUUCCUCUGUGCAUGCUGGGCUCCGCACACGCCUAUCUGGCGACAACGACCAGGACUACGCGGAUGACACGAAUCAAGGCUGGCAUCGCAUUUCCACCGACGAUAUUGAUGAUAUAGGCCCGAAAGGCAUAAUCCAGUCCAUCAUGGAUCGCGUUGGUACAGAAAUGCCGGUAUACCUCAGUAUCGACAUCGAUGUGAUUGAUCCAGGCAUGGCCCCUGCUACUGGAACGCCUGAGCCCGGAGGCUGGACAACAAGAGAGUUGAUCCGGAUACUAAGAGGGAUCGAGGACUUGAACGUUGUGGGUGCAGACAUCGUGGAAGUCAGCCCGGCAUACGAUACCGCUGCUGAGACCACAGGCAUCACCGCUGCGCAGGUAGCUUACGAGGUGAUCACGAGCAUUGUUCGUAAGGGAUUAAAGGAGCAAGCGAAGACUGGGACGGUGAAGGAACAGACACGCGAUGAGCUGUAA